AUGACCAGCCCCAAGGUCCCGGAAGAGAAUGCGCAAGAGCCAACAAAGGCUUCGGAGCUGCAGAACUUGGUGCAGACCACUGAUGCUGGAGACAUGGAUUUGACUGCUACUGCGUCACUGGGCGAGUCAGCAGCAGCCAGCACUGGCGCCUGGCCAGGUACGACCACCCCGGAGCCAACCUUGCCCAUGGGCAAGAAAGAAGGCUUGGAGCAUUUUCCUGGGCACCUUGUGGUGGAUGCUUUCCCGCGGAUCGUUUCGGCAACUGAUAUUGUCGAGGCCUUCGAAGAUGCAUUAGCAUUCUGUGAGCCCCUGCUCGAUUCGGAAGAGUCUGCCUUGUCUCUCCUGUCGACUCUACAGGAAUGGGGCCUUGGAGUUGAAGAGGAGGGGCCGAGGCCACGAAAGAAUCGCAGGCACGACGAGGCCGCCAAACGAGGCUUGUCCAACCUCAUUGCACCGCCCGGUGAGCUUGAAGGCGACAGCCAGAAGUUCAUCUGCGUUUUUCAAGUAGGCCUUGAAGAUGACGAGGAGUUUUGCCUUGUCAAGAGGAUUCUUGGAAAGGCAGGCAACAAUAUGCGGCGCAUUGCUGAUGAAUGCAAUGCCAAGGUUCGAUUACGAGGCAUUGGCAGUGGCUUCCUCGAAGGGUCUGAUGGCACAGAGGCAAACAUGCCCUUGCAACUCAACGUAAGCUGCACAGACUACUCUGAUUACGUCAAUGCAGUGGAUCACGUUUCACGUUUGCUGAAAGACCUCUACAAGCAUUACAGGCGUUAUGCGCGCUCGAAGGGCAUGGAGCCCCCUGACGCCAGCGACACAGAUACAGCGUCCAUGAGUUGCAGUGCAGACUUCCGUCAGGCCAUGAGGUUUUAA